AUGACAUCUCAAAAGCCCAUUGUAGUGAUUGUGCCAGGAGCUUUCCACAAGCCAAUCCACUACCGCAAGAUCACGGCUCUGUUACGCUCUCAGGGCCAUGAAGUGAUUCCUUACGACCUGGCUUCUUGCGGUGACAACGUGGAUCCAGAGGUGACAUUCAUUGACGAGGCGGCUGAGAUUCAGAAAAAGCUAGUUCCUCUGCUGGACGAAGGCAGAGAGGCUGUGAUUUUCUCGCACAGCUAUGGAUCUUUGCCGGCGACGCACUCUACAGAGGGCCUCACCGCUGUUGAGCGCGCUGAGAAAGGUCUCAAGGGCGGGAUCAUUGGAGUUGUCAAUCUUGCGGGCUUUGCGUUUCCUGCUCGUGGGGUGGGGAUCCUAGGGGAUGACACUAUUGUGCCACCUCAGCCGUACCAAUCCGUUGAGAAUGGUAUCACUUACCUGAAAGAAGAAGCAAAACCACUGUUCUUCAACAAUCUGAGUCCCGACGAGGCCGAUACCGAAUGGGCUAAUUUACAUCAGAAACAAACGCGGAAAACUUUCACCCGCUUCCCGCAGUAUGUGGAAUCGGAAAUUAAGUGUCCGAAGUUCUAUAUUCUGUGUACGAAAGACGUGUGUGUCCCACCCGCGUUUCAAGAACAGAUGGCCAGUCUUGGGGGAUACACUGUCGUUAGACUAGAUGCGGGUCACGAUGCCUUUUUAACUGCUCCAGACGAUGUGGUGGCGGUCGUGUCAAAAGCUGCUUCAAGUGGCCAGUAG